AUGACACUCCCAACACCUCCUUCCACUUCAGAUAGUCCUCCUCUACCCGACAUAUCAUCCAUACAGCCGUUACCAACCUACACAGCAACCGCGCAGGAUGAUCUCGAGACAAGAAUCGAAAGGACGUCCGGCCUAGAGCUGCCCAUCCUACGGACGCCAACCUUGGACUACUCAAGAUCGCACAACCCACCCCUCAAAACCACCGAACAGGCAGACAACGCAGCCAACCUAGAUGCCCGCACGCUCGAACGCGACAUCGUCCUCGCCUUCUUCAUGGCCAUCAGGUCCGGCCACAAUGACCUCGUCUCCGAACUCGUCUCCCGCGGCCUCGUUUCCCCAGACGUCACCAACUCGGCCGGCGAGACGCCCCUCCUCGCAGCCGUAUGCGCCGGCAACACCCCCAUGAUCAGCACGCUCGUCGCCCUGGGUGCCACCGUCAACGCGUACGGCACGCCUUGCUCCGUCGAUUCGAGCAGGCGCCACAGGAGGUUGCGCAGAACUCCCCUCCAGCUCGCCGCGCAGCAGGGCCGCCUCGCGCUCGUCAAGGUGCUGGUGGAGGACUACGGCGCCGACGACAGCCUCGUCGCCCCCGACGGGUACAUCGCGCUCCGGCUGGCCGCCAAGAACGGCCACCGCGAGAUCGUGGAGUACCUCCCUGCCCGCCGGGGCGACAUCGGGCUGCGGUGCAAGACCAUCGCAAAGGACGAGUGGGAGGUCGUCGUCUCCAUCCUGAAGAAGUUUGGGCAUGUCAUCGAGUUCUUCGUGUGGCGCCUCCCCGUCGCCGUGUUCUACAAGGCGCCGAAGCACAUCUGCCAGUCGGCCUGGAGGCGGCGGCACCGGUUUGCGGCCUGGUGCAAGCGGGCCGCGAGGGGAGUCGUCAAGCUCCCCGGCCGCAUCUUGAAGUUCCUGCGCGAGCUUCUGAAAGCUCUCAAGAGGACGCCCGAGUUUGUGAGGGGGAUUGCGCGGGCAGGACUUAGAUUUCUCAAGGCCAUUCCGGGUGUUGUGAAGAGCGUCCUGCUCUGGAUCGGUCGCGGUCUCAAGAGUGCGGGCAAGGCUGUCCUUCACAUAUUCGCGCUUUGUGCGUCACUGAUACAUACGGCAGUCUUAUCCGUCUUGUCAUUCUUUCGUGGAAUCACACCCAAGGACGUUUGGGACGGCAUAUGUUACCUCGUCAAAGCCAUAUUUGUCGAGGCGCCACUGGCGCUCAUCAAGUUUCUCGGCACCUUUGGGGAGAUGAGUUACAAGGUGCUAGCAGCCUUGUUUGGCGUAUUAGGGAAGGUGUUGUGGUAUCUUGCGCAGGGGAUUCUAUACGUAAUCACCUGGACGCCGAAACAACUCUGGAGGUGUGUAAAGGCUUUUGGUCGUCUCAACCGCAAGGGAUUCAAUGAGAUAAUGGCCCUUAUUGAUCCAAAGAGGAUGUAA